AAAACCCAUCCACGUCCCUUUGUUGACAGCUUCCAGCUCCGGUUCCCAAAUCACCGACAAAGAUGCUCCGGGCCCAGACUGCUUGUUUAUGGGCGCUCCACUGAGCAGCGGAGGAGCUCCAUCACGGCCCGCUACAGAGAGCAAAACAAGCUCGUCGCACUCGGCGGCAGCCAAUCAGCGGGCUGGUUUCUCUUCAGCAUCUCCGAGGGACGGAGCCGUCGAGCAGACUUGAGCUCCGGCAGCAGCGGGGAGGAGAAACACUUCAGCACUCCGCGACGCGCAAUUAUGGUUUUGUGAUUUUUGACAAGAAAGGUGGAGGAUUUCGACACCAGCACAAAGAGAAAACACAAGUCAGCUAAUCUGAGCACUGCACAGACGGAACUGAAUUCCUGCACGAGCAUGGCAGACCAGAAAGACAACAUAGAUGACUUUAAAGUCCAGACAGCCAAGCAUCCCAACAUCGCCUCGGCCCCUUUACGGCCGCACACUGAACAGUCUAAAGACCGGGCGUCCAAAAGGCUCUCAACUGAGUCCAAUGGGACCAGUGAAGGAGGUCAGGGCUCAUCCACGCCGGUGGAGUUGACCGCUUUGGAAGAGGCGUUUCGUCGCUUCGCCAUCCACGGUGACACUCGCGCUACCGGCAAGGAGAUGCACGGCAAGAACUGGUCCAAGCUCUGCAAGGACUGCGGCGUGAUUGACGGCAAGAACAUCACCCUCACUGACGUGGACAUCGUCUUCAGCAAAGUCAAGAAGAAAUCGGCUCGCAACAUCACAUACGACGAGUUCAAGACUGCACUAGCAGAGCUGGCCAGGAAGAAGUACAAAGACAAGACUGGAGAGGAGGCAGAGGCCGAGGUCUUCAAGCUGAUUGAGGGGAAGGCGCCUGUCAUCGCAGGAGUCACGAGAGCCGUGGCCUCCCCGACAGUGAGCCGUCUCACGGACACCAGCAAGUUUACAGGGUCACACAAGGAGCGGUUUGACCCCACCGGCCGCGGGAAGGGUAAGGCGGGACGAGAAGACAUAGUUGACACUUCGGGAUACGUCUCGGGAUACAAACACCGAGGGACGUACGAAAAGAAAGUGAAUAAACCCACCGUGGGCAAACCCAUGUGAGGGCGAGGGUGAGGAAAUAAACAUUUGAUCAACUACUAGGAUAAUUUUCUAUUAAAAGAGUACUCAAAGAAAGCACAAAAGAAUAGGAUUUCAUCUAUUUUCCCACCCAUCUAUAUUUGUGUGUGUGUGUGUGUGUGUGUGUGUGUGUGUGUGUAUGUGUGAGAGAGAGAUGAUUUUGAGUUCCUCUCUUUGUGAAGUGUGAGAACUGGAAAACUGUUUACAUCUAUUUUUACAAAGUCAUAACCAGCUGGUACAUUCCUGUCCGAUAGCGAGUUACACUGAAGAGAACAAACGACAGAGAAACUGCUACGCUAUGAAUAUUGAAGCUUUGUUGUUAUGAUAGGGCCUUAUGAUAUUUUAUUGAGCACAAUUUAAACAACAUGCCAAGAAAAACAAAAGUUGGACAAGAGUUUGAGGGAUUAACAACAUUGCACUUUUUAACGGAGGCUUUUCUAUUCCCAUAUUUAGCCAUAGCGAUGCACUUUUAAUGUGUUUCGCAGAGGUUCAGUGACAAUUGGCACAAGUUUUUGACAUGGAUAUUAUCAGUUUGUUUACUUUCGAAAACUUAAAUAGUUAAUUCCAUCCUCAGUGUGAUUUGUCCCGUCUGCCGCCCCUACUUGUCGAGUCUUUAGGAAAAUCUGCUGUUCAUUUGUUUGAAUUUUACAAGCUCACACUGUCAUUUCAAUAAUUUGCCUUCAGCUCAAAUCAAGAAAAAUACAUUAAAGGUUUUGUCAACUACAAUUUAGCUCAUCGAGAGACUUAACAUUUCUUACCACUGCCAUAUCUUUUCUGCUUUUGUGAAUAUGCAAAACAUGAAAACACAAAACUCCUACCAUGCAAACAUUUUAAAUAUGCCUGUGUACAACACUUACAAUAAUGUAACAGGAGUUCCUUAUUCUCUCUUACACUUUUGCCAUUCAGACCCUAUUGUAUCUACCUACAUAUGAACCAUUGAUGAUAUGCUUUUUGAAUUUUAAAUUGGUGAAUUCAGCUGAAGGACGCUCUAACGACGGUCGAUGAGCUCAGUUGUACAAGAUUGUAUUUUUAACAUUUUACUUAUAUCCUCAUCAGAUUUCUAUACAGUAGUUCUAAUAUAUUUGUGGUAAGAUUGUGUAUAUUCUAAAAGGUUAUAGCCACAUGGCUUAAUUUAUGACACUGGCUUCAUAUGUUGUUGUUUUUUGUUUUUUUUCUGUAUUGCUGUACUUUGUGCAUGUUAUGUAUAUUGCAUUUGAUUCAGAAGCAUCUAGAUGACAGUAAGAGUUCUGUCAUAUCUUAUCUGAAAAGCCGUGCCUGCUGUGAGGACAGACUACUGGACAGACUUACAUAUUUUCUUGCUCAAAAAAACAAAAAUAUUACGUGUUGAAAUUGUGGGAUCAUGAUAACAUUGUGUAUUGCUUGAAAUCAAUAUGUAUCAACCUGUACAUGUACAAAGUCAGCUGCAGUCUAAUGCUAUUAUAUUUGUCUUUUGGUAAAAGAUUCAAAGUACCUUUCAGGUGUGGUACUGUCAUCCACGGCACAAAUUCAACUGAAAACAAAAGCAGGGUUUCACUGUUGUAUCUGUAUGAGAUAAAGGGAAAAAUACUUUUGUAAAAUAUUUGUAAAAUAUUUUUCCAGCAUAGUGAGUGAUCGUCUCACAUUACCUGUAGCCUCAGCUGAUGAAGAGUCAUGCAUCGAGUGCAAAACUAGCAGCUAUCAGUGUGUUAAUCUUUGUCCGCUGCAGUAGCUUGAUUAAGAUCUGUUUUCUGUGCUUAAUGCCAAAUACUGUGCACCUUCAAUGUGGAGGAACAAUAUUGUCUUUUUUUUUAUUAUCUUUGAAAAUAACUUUUAAUGUACUAUUGUGCCCUGGUGCAUGCAGUGUGUUUUUGUUCUUGUUCAUUAGGCCUCUUAAUGUGUGUUCAUGAUUUGUAGUGCAUCAUUGAAAAUAAAAAAAAACACACCUCUGAACCUCAGCUGAGUAGGUUAAAGGUGUGUCAGUCAAAACA